AUGUCUAGUUAUGCCAAACAAAUCUAAACUUUCAAUUCAGGAACAUUUACUACAAUGAAUGAGUUUUAAUUCAUAUAGAAAUUAGGAAAUGGUAGUUUUGGAAGUGUGAAUUUAUAUAUUCAUAAACCAACCUAGAAAAAAUAUGCAAUUAAAAUAAUGCCUGGAGAAACAAUAACUAAUCAAUGUGAAAGCGAAGGCAUUGAAAGAGAAAUCAGAGUUCAUAAAAAAUGCAAGAAUCCAAAUAUAGUAUAACUCUAUGAUUCAUUUUAUGAAAAUGAUUCUAUUUUUAUUGUCAUCGAAUAUCUCGAAAAUGGCAAUUUAUUUACUCAUAUUUAAAAGAAUCCACCUAUGAGUGAAUAAGAAGCAUGCAAGUAUUUUGUGUAAACUUGUCUUGCAUUACAAUAUAUGCAUUAAAAUAAUAUAUUUCACAGAGAUAUCAAACCAGAAAAUUUAUUAUUAGAUGAAAAAUUUAAUUUGAAAGUAUGCGAUUUUGGCUGGUGUGCUGAGAAUAUACAUCAAAAGAGAAAGACCUUUUGUGGAACCUAUGAAUAUAUGGCACCUGAAAUAGUAAUGGAAGUAAUGUAUGAUUACAAAAUUGAUUUAUGGUCAUUGGGAAUAUUGUUAUAUGAGUUACUUCAUAAAUAUGCACCUUUUAAAGGAAAGGAUUUUAAGGAAAUUUCAGUUGCCAUCAGAUAAUGCCAGCCUAAAAUCAAACCAUCAGUAUCAAAAGAAGCUUUCUAAUUAAUUUCUCAAUUAUUAUCUCUAGAUCCUAAUCAUAGACCUCCUAUCAGUCAAAUUCUUACAUCUUCAUUCGUAAAAAAAUAUAGCAACAUGUUGAAUUUAGUAGAAUUCUAAGAAAACAUUCAGCCAAGAUCUCCUCUUCGAUCAUAUCCCUCUUAAUAGUAAUUGAGAUGUGGUUCACCAAGAAGAAGAAUCACAGAAUAUAAUAUUAUGUAAAAACCAGAACAAAGGGUCAGAAUGGCAUCACCCAAACCCAUGGAUUCUCAAAAACUUAUAUAAAAAAUAUAUGUCAGUCCAGCAAGAAGGAUUUAACCUAAGGGAAGGGAGAAUGUGCCAGUAAAAACAGGACCAAUAGAUUUAAGAGGAAGAGAGGCUACUAAAAUAAUAUAUAUGAAUUUAUGUAAUAAUAUUUCAUGA